CUCACGCAUGGCUCUUCUAUUCUAGCUUCUUACGUAAUUACACCGCAAGGUAAUACAAUUUGUCACUUUUUAUUUUGCUUUAAAUUUUACUUUAGGCUGCGCAUGUUGUGGGAGUUCAAUGUGUACGUUGCUGUUUGUCUCGUCAACCUUGGUCACGAAAGCGAAUGCGACUACUACAACAGGAGCAGAGGCGAGACAUAUAAAAUGAGGAUUUAAAUUCAAUUAUUCUAAUUACUUUUGGUGGGGUUUGUUCUUCAACAAAGUUUUAUUUUUAAAGGUCAACAAUUUCGAAAUCACAACCUUGGAUGUUGGCACAGAUGUUAAUUGGACGCAAGGAGGGAAAGAAGCGUUAUGAACGUGUCAUCCAGCUUUUAGUGUGUCGAAACUGGACGGAUGACCCUCGGUUCAGUCCGAUGAACUACAAAGACUUGUCUGAUCUUCUACACUUUGUUUGGUCGCUAGAGAACAUGGGUCAGUUGGUGAACGAUCGGUGUUGCGUCCAACUUUGGUUCACAGUAGAGCUGGUAUGAAUGGAGCUGGGACUUAUGUAGCUGCUUCUAUUUUUGGCCGUGUCUGGGAAACACACUCGAACGCUAAGGUCCGGAAAGUUUCAGUAAAGAAUCUAUUUCUUUCAUUUGCGGCUUGAACCGAGUUGUGAAGGUCUGCAAAAGUCUGAGAAGUACUCGUUACGAUAUUCUGAAUCGCCGUUCGCAGUUUCUUCUUCUCCUUGAAACUAUUUUAAACGAAAAGGAUGUUAGUCGUGCCCGUGAUGUUCUCCGACGGAAAAAUUUUUUUCGAUUUAAAUUAUGAUUGCAAAAAGCUUUCGUUUUUAGUGUACGUGAUGAGAUUGGCAAGACACGAGCAAAAGGAGGAUCAUCACGUAGCAGUGGCUGAGCUGCUGUGAGCAUCCAUAACACGCUAGCACG